CGGAGACCUUGCUUCGAAAUCACUGAAAUUUUACAAUGGCGGCCGUGUAACUAUACAUGUAUAGAUAGAUAGUUCAAACAAAAUUUUUACGUAACAUUUAUGUGAAAAAGAAGUGUGUUUUAAGUUUGAUAUAUUAUUUAAUUUAUAUUUAGUGGACAAUUCAUUGAUUUUCAUUCAAAAAAUGGUUAAUUCUAUUUUAUAAAUCACUCAAAUGUUAACGUGUUCUACAUCCGUUUGUCGCUGUCAUAGCGCUAUCCCUUUCCCACUCACGCACAUAGACGGAGAACAACUCUCCGUCGUGCUUCUUCGUACACAGUCAUUGGAACAUCCGUUCAAUGGCUGGUGCCCAAGAAAAAUGGUAUUUUACAAAAGAGCAACUACAGAAUUCACCAAGCAGAAAAUGCGGUUUAGAUGCAGAUAAAGAAUUAGCAUAUCGGCAGCAGGCCGCAAAUUUAAUCCAGGAUAUGGGCCAGCGGCUUCAAGUAUCGCAACUAUGUAUAAACACGGGUAUCGUGUACAUGCACCGCUUCUACGCGUUCCACUCGUUUACGCAGUUCCACAGGAACGCUAUAGCUGCCGCUGCGUUGUUCCUUGCCGCGAAGGUGGAGGAACAGCCAAGGAAAUUAGAAUAUGUAAUAAAGGUAGCGCACGUCUGCCUCCACAGAGGUGAGGGUGUUAACGCACUCACAUCGGAACAGUAUCAAGAACAGGCUCAGGACCUGGUAUUCAACGAGAAUGUACUGCUACAGACGUUAGGUUUCGAUGUGGCUAUCGACCACCCGCACACGCAUGUCGUACGGACAUGUCACCUUGUAAAAGCGCCAAAGGAUUUGGCUCAAACGUCUUACUUCAUGGCGUCGAAUAGUUUACAUUUGACGACAAUGUGCUUGCAGUAUAGGCCGACGGUGGUCGCUUGUUUUUGCAUACAUUUAGCAUCGAAAUGGAGUAAUUGGCAGAUACCACAAUCGCACGAAGGCCGACACUGGUUCUCGUAUGUGGACCGGACGGUGACAACGGACCAGUUGGAACGAUUGACUGCCGAGUUUCUGCAUAUAUUCGACAAGUGCCCGUCGAGGCUUAAGAAGAAGAUGAUGACUAUGUCUAAUACGAGCGGCAGUUCACCAAGCGCACCGCACCCGUCCAACUCGAUGGCGUCUCCCUUCGACAGGAAGAAACAAGAGCACACGCUUGCCAAUAGCGAUGAGAUUGAUAAGAGUUUUGAUAAGGAAUACGAACGCGAGAGGCGUCGCCAACAACCGCCCGGCGGUUACGUACCGGCCACAUCACAACCGAACCAACCUCCACCGCAGAAAAUAGACUUCAACCUAUACAGAGAGAAGCGAGAGAGAGAGGAGAGAGAGAGACGGCAACAGGCGAUGCAACGGCAACCCGGCAACCCCCAACCCUCCCGGCCUAACCCACCCCCUCCUCACCACAGACCCUCGGGUCAACAUAAGACCCACCACACGUGGCCGCACAAACCCCCUCACCACAAACCGCCCGACAGACACAGACCUCCCACAGCCACCAACCAACCCCCACAACAACCCCCUCAACCCCUUCAGCCGACAGAAAUUCCGCAAAGAACGCGACCCCCAUCCCUGUUCUCUCCAGAGAAUGUAACCCCCGCAUCCACAGCAGCACAACCUAGACGACCCCAACCUCCCAAUCCAACCCCCAUCCCCAAGCCGAAACCAGAAACACGGCCUCCCAUCCCCCAGGAAAAGCCCCCAAGUCCCAAAAAGAGACCGGAUCCCGUAACAGCGGUGAGGGAAAUGCAACCGCCGGCCAUUUUAUCGCCUUUCACGUCGCCAAAAGAACAAAAAAGACAAAGGUUGCCGUCAAACUCCGAGCCAGAAUUAGUACCUGUAGUUAAAAAGAUCGAUGAAACGCCCGGAUACGAAAAUGUAGUCCGGGAUUCGCAGAGGGGAAACGCAAUAAAAACAAGAAUGGACCAGCCGAGAUUGGAACAGCGGAAACCGGAGAAUAGACCGCUAAACGGCAUAGAAACAGAUCCUACCCUAGUGUCUAAUCUACUCAAAGAAAGUCUAGCGAAACCGGCGCCGAUUUCGGUAGUAACCGAAAAAAGAUCGCCGGUGGAAAUUAAAAAAGAUCCGCCAAUAGAAAUACCUCAAUUGCAAAAUGAGCAAAACAACCAAUCGAAUCCAAGUGCGCCGACAGACGAUUCGCACAAACACAAGAAAGACAAAAAGAAGAAGGAGAAACACAAACAUAAGGACCGCGACAAAUCGAAGGACGAGCGGAAGAAACACAAGAAGGAUAAAGAUAAGAAGAAAGAACCUAGCCCGGUAGCGGAAGAUGGGAUAAAGAUAACUAUACCCAGGGAAAAGUUGUCCAGUCCGGGGCUAAAGAUAAAGAUACCGAAAGAAAGAUUGGCAGCCCCGCCCCCGCCGCCCGGGAACGCAUCAGGACUCAAGAUCAAGAUAUCGAAGGACGUUCUGGAAGCUUCCAGAAAGCGGUCGAACGUUGAGCACGUGGGGCCCGCGAACAAGAUGGCGCGUCACGAACCACCAAAGGUCGCCGAAACACUCGGAAACGGACAACCGGGCAAGUGACACCAACGCUACGUGUGUCGACGUUCCUCAACAACAAAUGGACCUCACUAGUGUAGUGUAACGGUUUUUUUUUUUAAUUUUUUCGUCGGAAAUUGACGGUUUUCGAUGUCGCUUUAAAAGUGGAUCGCUUUGGGCAUUUCUAUUUUUUUAUUCGUUUGGACGAUUCAUCGCUCGCAUUUAUGCUCGUGUUCAGUGUACAGUCUGUAUUGUACUGUUUUUUGUUGUUUACUCAUUGUAUAUUAAAUAUUUUUGUAAUAGAUCCAUCGUGAAUACCUCUCAAUAUGAUAGUUUUCAAGUGAUGAAUUAUGUCCGAAACGCAAAUCUGUGUAAAUAUGAUGUGGAAAUUGAAUGUAUUAAAAAAUUAAUUAAAUUUGUAUAUAAAAUAAUUACUCGUUCAUGUAACAGCCAUUCGCUUGGAACUUUAUUAUUUAAUGUUAUUUUAACUAAUUACAGGACAUUACUAGUAAUAUUAUUAUAUACUUUUUUUUCAUAUUUAUACUUAAUUACAAACAGGUAUUAGUUUUCGAUGUUUGUGGUAUAACAAAUUAUGAAAUAAUAUUAAAUAAUAAAAGAAGACAUUUAUUGCUAGAGCCCGUGUUUGGCUGUAAAAUUUAUCUUUAAGUAGUCCAAUAUUGACUGAUUAUUUACGGACCCGCUGUGCUCUUUAUAUAGGUAUUAAAUUGAAUUAGAUUAAAACUAAAAUUAGAAGAGAUUCGUGUGUGAGCAAUAAGUAUGUUGUACAAGUUCCUUAACUUUAGUGUAUCGAUUUCAAAAUAACACCAUUUUUAAACUAGAUUUAAGAGUUUAUAAUGUUAAUAUUAAUAUAAGCGCGCUUUGCGUUAUACUUUUCUAUUUUAGUAGAAAUGGGAAGAUGGAGUGUUAACAUUGCCCUGAUAAUGCCUUUUCCCCUUUUUUCAAGUUAAUAAAUUGCAAAUGAUUUUUCGUUACAUUUAUCGCCUGUCUGAAAAGAUGCGUUGAGGCUUGAAAUUAUAAUAGUGUUUAUCGGUCAACAUAUUAUAAAAGUGUAUAAAUUGUAUUAAAAUAUGUAUAAAAAAAAGCUUUGGAUAAAAUUCGUCAGAAUGUUUAUAUGACAGAAAAACAGCGUUAAAUUUAAAUUUUGUUUAGGUGUAGAACAAUUUAUUUUCUAAAAAUUCUAUAAAAUGUCACAAUAUUACAUAGGGCCAUUACGGUUUACAAGCUUCGAGCGAUGUUGUUAAUCAAAUGAAUAAGCUUGCUUACCUUAAUUUAAAUACUGUUAGAAAUAAUCUCCUAUUUUAUCUUAUUUAAAUAGGAAAACACGUGAAAUUACUAAAAAUUUGCAGACGGGCGAUUAUGUAGAAUUUGUUUUUUUUACCUAUACUAAUACAACCUCUUUAGACUGAUAGAAAUAUAUUAGUAAAAUUCAAUUAUAAAGUAAACAUUGAUUUUCUAAAUACUCCCUAGUUAAUAGUUUAAAUACAUGUAGGUGUUACAAGACAUACGAUCCGACGAUAUUCACAUUAUCUUUUAAUAAAUAUAUAAUAAUAUCAAACCAUACAUCCAAGCUUUUGAUUAGCUUAAAAAAAGCUUCGUCUUGACUAUCAAAUCAAAUUUAAUUAUCUACCUCUAAUUCGUGUAGUUCUUGUAAUGGUUUCUUCGGCAGGUCCAAGGAGAAUUUUACUUAAAAACUACGUUAAAAUUCUUUCCCUUAUACUUAUUUAUAGAAUAUUUUUAAACACGUAAAAUGUACGAAAACGUUUGCAUACUGAAAAUAAAUAAUUUCUACGUUCACGUACUGUUUUAACAAGUACAAAGUAUGUUGAAACUACACGGUUGCAAGAGUCAAGAUUUUUGUAUAAGUGACUAUUCUUAUGAUAAAUUAGCUAGGUUAUAAGUAAAUAAAUGAAAAAUGAAAUAAAAAUAUUAAUUUAAGACGACUGUUGCGAACAAAGAAUAGCUGAAUAGUAUGUUAAAUCGCUUCACUUAGCUAACUUUUAUUUAUGUAUAGUUUUAAUUUAGCUAGGAACAGAUUAAAUAUGCCCAAAGAGAAAUAGAAAUUUGUGUGUUGUUUUUUUUUUGUUUGUUAUUUCGCAAAAUCGUUAAUAAAUAUGACAAAGUUAUAUUUAAUCAAAUGAAAAAAUCCAUAUAACAGCUUACUAGGACACAAUAUGUAUGAAAACAACUUCUAAACUUGUUAAGAAUUUAGAUAAUUAUUCGUAUAAGAUUUAAACGUAAGAAUGUAUAUUUUGUAAAAUCGAAAAAAAAAUGAAUUGUCCGUAAAUUUUGUAGCGUAAGGUCUUCACUGAAAUGGUCACGAUAUUUAGUUCAAAAGUAACCAUUUUGGGAUUAUCAAAGAGCAAAGUGGGUCUGUUUCGCUAAUACAUAUUUACUGCAAGUUCGUAUAAUACAUAUAGAUUUGUGUAUACCUCUAUAAGGUUUUGGAAACAGCCAAUUUUAAUUUCCGCUACAUUAAAAAAAAAACACUGAUUGUCUGAUCAGAAAAGUCUGAAUCAUUUACUAAAUAGUAACAUAUCACUCGCAAAGAAAACUCCAUCGUUUACAUUCAACUAAUUUUCUGAUCAGAUAAUGGGAAAGAGACUAUAUAUUUUUCAGUAUUAUUCUUUAACAAGAAGACGACGCAAAUUCUUUAAUUUUAGACUCUAUAGAGGUACACAUAAAGUAUCGUUUUGAGCAUUAUAGGAUAAUAAAUCGGCCGCAUUCUUAAAACAUGUGAUAUGACAGAUUUACUCAGGUGUAUCAAGGUUGUACUCUAAUAUUGUUAUUGUAUACGUAAUCGUUGGUAUUCUGUCUGGGUUAUAUUAUAGGAGGCAAAUAUAUAGUACAGAAUAGAAGUUAGCCAAUACUCGCCCGGCCCUUUCGUUAUUUUUGGUAUUUCAAUACCUUUAUAAGUUAUCAAAUUGCGCCAUGUAAUAUAACUCAGACGUCGCAAAAUGCGUUCGGGGAGCCCUGAAUAUAUUAUUUUUGCUUAAAUCGUGGUCGCGAUCGUACGGGUGACCCAUUAAUGUUGACCAAAAAUUGUUCAAUACAAAAAAGUAUUAAAAAAUAAAAAAAACAAGAACAA